UCAGUUUCGUGCAGAGUGCCGCUACCACAGUCAUUUCAAUUACUGUCGAGUGUAGUCGUCGUUGCGGACGGUCGUGUUUGUGCGUUCGUCGUAGAUUAGUUUGCUACUGCUACUGCCUGUGACUGUUCUUGGCACAGCCGUUUCAAGUACUUCGGAUUCGUCCCGUUGCUGAUGGUCUACCGUCGUGUUUUGCUGAUUUUUCCAUUGGUGUCCCUCCGGAUGAAGAGCAAUAUUUUAAUUGUGCAAAAGUGAUACCGUGGCAAAAAUUUUCCUUCUCUUAAGUGCUGAAGUAGAUUGUAAAAGGUCCAGCUGGAUAUUUCCUGGUCUGUCGGCCAUCAGUCAAAGUGCGUGAGUGAUUUCGAUCAGUUUAAUGUCAAUUGUUUUGGAAUAAGUUGUUUUCAAUCUUAUGGUGGUUUGAAAUCCAAUGUUUUUCCGAGUGGAAGAUUUCCUGUUGCGCGAGAGUGUAAAUUGAGGAACGUUCCGAAAACUGUAUCGCACCUUCCAAACAGAAGCUGUUUUAAUCGAUUGUAAAUUGAACAUAAAUCAAAUACAUCGAAUCGAAAAUCUCGCGUGUGAUAAAGUGCAUUUAUCGUUGCUCUAUACUGCCUAGAAAUAGUGGCAUUGAUUUUUCAUACAUACAAAACCAUAACUAUCCGCCGGUCAAACGCAGUGGUCCACAUAUACUAAUAGAAGAAGACGUGGUUAUCAUAUUUCGCGAAUAUCACAUUACCAUUUCGGAUAGUAAGUCCAUCCAGUUCCAUCCGAAGCAACAGCUAGAAGUGUGUAUGUCGUUCGAAGCGAAUGUGCUCAUAGUGUUGUUUACGUCGCAAAAGUGCAACGGGCAAAUCGAGUCUGGGAGUGUGUUACGAAGGCUCACACCUGGAAUGUGAUUAUUAUGUGAAUAGGCACCAUCGAUGCUAUUGUUACUGGUCGUGAUACGAGCUUCGUCUUAGUUCUUGAAGGCACGUGAAAGUAUUUGCCUCAGCGCGUGAUACUCGGUGUGGUUCACCUGUUACCGGUUGGUCAGUCAACUGAUUUUUUUUGUAGAUUCUUUCAAACGCUCGGUCAGUCCAGUGAAUUGUUGGCAUUUUGUAGAAGACGUUUUCAACUGAUGCGUCUAAUGUUCAACCUGAAAGCAGUAUUAUUAUUGACCGUAUAGUUACAAAAAAGCGGCUAUCAGUAUGCGCCGAACAAGUCGAAAUUCAUUCAAUUUCGAUUUUUCGUUAAGACGCUUGCUGCUGCAGGGUGCACGAGCAGCACGAGGUAGUCCUCCACUAGGACAGAGGUUAUGCGACGUAGAAAAGGGUAGCGGCAGCGGCAGCAGUAGUAGCGGGCCUAGUGGCAAUGGAGGCAAAUAUGACAAGGGCGGGUCAUCUAGCAGUGGCGGUCAUAAGCACAAUUCCGAUUCCACUUCGCAACAUUCGGCCAACUCUCCGGGCAAUUUAGACCGAGGCAUCUCCACCUCCAAGCUGACGCCAAAUAAUUAUAAGUCAUCAAAUAGUUUGCAGAGUAAAAGCACCACCGGCUCCGCUUCGGGAGCUGCCGGCUCCGGGGCUAAAUCAACCUCCUCACCAGAAGAAUGUCCCCUAUGUUACGAUACCUUGCCCGCAGGGGAGGAGUUCUACUCAUUGCUGAACUGUCGACAUUAUGCCUGUCGGGGCUGUCUAGAAAAUUAUCUUAUGAUCGAAAUCUCCGAAAGCCGAACGGACAUUAGCUGUCCCCAGUGUCCGGAGGCAAUGCACCCGACCGACAUUCAAACGUUACUGAAAACGUUCCCCGCUGCCAUUACCAAAUACGAAGACUUCAUGGUACGCCGAGUUCUACUGGCGGAUCCGGAUUCCCGCUGGUGCCCCGGGCCGGACUGCAGUUAUGCCGUAAUUGCAAGUGGAUGUGCCUCCUGCCCACGGAUACGAUGUGAACGUCCCGGAUGCGAUGUACAGUUCUGCUAUCACUGCAAAGCCGAGUGGCAUCCGGAUCAGACAUGCGAUGCGGCCCGAGCAUCCAGGCAGAGCCCCACUAGGGCACCGUCCGGUAGUAUAAGUAACGAUUCUCAACACAAAGACGAUAUCAAACCAUGCCCCCGCUGUCAGGUCCUGAUCGUCAAGAUGGACGACGGGUCCUGUAACCACAUGGUCUGUGCUAUCUGCGGCUCGGAAUUCUGUUGGCUCUGCAUGAAGGAGAUUAGCGAUCUGCAUUAUCUCAGUCCAUCUGGAUGUACCUUCUGGGGCAAGAAGCCUUGGUCCCGAAAGAAAAAACUUCUCUGGCAGCUGGGUACACUGGUAGGAGCACCGCUAGGCAUCGCACUGGUUGCAGGAAUUGCAGUACCUGCCAUGAUCAUAGGCAUCCCGGUUUGGGUAGGCAGAAAAAUACACACGCGAUACAAAGCGGCGGGAAAACACAAGCGGAAUUUUGCAGUUCUGGGAGGUGUAACGGCAUCGGUAAUUGUAUCUCCUGUGCUAGCUGGGUUAGCAGUAGCUAUUGGAGUACCUAUCCUGCUGUUUUACGUUUACGGGGUAGUACCAGUUUCCUUGUGCCGCGCUGGUUGUGGCGAGGGGACCAAGUUUGAGUUUGACGAAGAAGAAGACAAUGGCUCUCGGAAUCAUGAUGCAACAAGCGUGGACGCCGUAUCACGGAUUGGAGCCACUAGUAUAGGAGAAGUUAGUCUGAGUGUCGCCAGCGGAAGCCACCUGGGGGUCAGCAGUCAGCAUUCAAACUUCAGCGCCAUCGCAAAUCCAUCGACACGAGAAUCAAUGACCGCCCUAGCCGGCAGCAUAACAGGCCAUCGUUUGGAGGUACAAGCUGAUAUUAGCACAUCGGAGACGGCCUCUGCAGUAACAUGCGUUAGCGAAAAAUCAGGCAAUACUCUGAAUGAUACAGCCUCUACGAAGGCCCUAGCGGGAUCAAUUCUCAGUUAUCGAGCGCAACAGAUGGCUACAGAUUCGGCCUGUUUUAGUGCAUCGGAGGACGGUGCCUCUGAGCGAGUUCGAUUCGAUAGUACCGUAUGCUAUGUUAUUGACAGCAGUAGCACUGGUGGUGGCAGCAAAAAAGACUCCUGUGACAUCUGGUAUACUGUCCCUCUGGAUCAGGAUACUGCAGCGGAUAAAGCCAGUCUGGGUAGUGGUCGAUCAUUUCGCAGCUCGGAGCGAUCCUUCCGGGAUGACUUUGAUUCAACUAGUCUAUCAUCAUCGCACAAUACUGCCAACACGAUUAGCACCAGUCAUCAUAGUCACAGCGCUGUAGGUACGAAUGCGGGAGCAGGUGCGGCGAGCAGCAGCGGAAAUUCGGCUUCUAAGCAUCAACGCAUCAAUGCGUUCGGUACACGCAUACCCAAACUCGGUGCGGCAGCACAUCAACACCGCACCCUGUCCAUGGACAGCAACACCGGCUCGUACAACAUUCCGGAAAAUGUAAGCCUCGAGCAGGAAUUAGAUGAGCAGGCUCAACUGGAACAACAGGCUUCUUCGUCAGUGACAGUUACAUCCAAGAUGCAGAUGGCACCAGACAGUAUGGAAAAUAGAGCAUCAUCAAAAUUGGAUGAACCGCGGAGGGGAGCCAAGUCCAGAACCCACAUGUUGAGAAAUUUAUUCUUUGCGCAAACUGGCACUGGCAACUAUUUGACGGACAUUCAAACGGGAGAAUUCUCUAAGACGUAGGAAACAAACGAGUAACUAGCGGAAAAUAUUGUUUUAGUAGUCUUGGGAGAACGUUGAACGAAGGUAUUUUUUGGUUGGUAAUUCAUUUUGGUGGAGUCACAGCAAGGUUUUCGAUGGGACUUUUCUCGACUAAUAACAACGCUUGUAUCCAGCAAAAUCACCUAUACCUCGGAAACAUAAAGCCCAUAUACUUUUUUAAUGAGUCACCUUUUUUUCUAACUUCCUAAAAAUCAGAACAAACGAUAUUUACAACAAACGAUAUUUAGUUUGCCUUUUGUUCGAUUAUUGUAAUCCUUACCAGAUAACCAGAGAUGAAAAUUCAAAAGAGAAACCUGUAGGCCAUUGUGAUGCUCUUAUUAGUCAGCAAAAUUUUUCGAAGCCGACUUUUAAAUCCAAUACCAGACUUUAAUAUUAAAAAUCAUUAGAGAGGACCAAAGCGUACAGCUCGACUCUUCAAAUUAUUAGAGAAUUACCUUGUUGAAAUCCUCAUGACUUCAAAAUUUUCCGAGGAACUUCCUGAGCAUAGACAAAUGAUAAAAACUUGUUAUUGUUUUUGAAAUAAAUUAUUUGUGAAAAUAGUCAAACCUAUCAUAGAUCGUUCAAAAAUGCCACUUGAUGUACAACCGCUUUGCAACUUUUGCAUGUGUAUCUCCUGUACUAUCAGGUGACAGAAAAAAAUUCAAAUUAUAUUUAUAAGCAUUCUCAAAGUUAUUUUUCGCAUUUCAGGGCAGCUAAGCUAAUGUUCAUAAAGGAGACAGCUGAUUAAGGAUUAUGGGUAAAUUGCAGGCGUAUAUCGAUAAUGUAGCGAGCGGAUAAAAAUCUUACAAACAGAAAGUUGUAUUUAUAAUCGCAACUGAUUACAUUUAGUGACACAUAGGACAUGCAGGCGUGAAGUGGUUGAAUAUCGUGCGACGAAAAAGACUGCUAGUAGGAAUCAAAACACAAUCGUGUAGCCAAAAAUUGAUGGUACAAGCGCGGCGACAAUGUACUGAUUAAAAGUAGUUUCCAAUUCGUUACAAAGUAAUGAAACAAUCGAUUGCAGCUGUGUAAAUCAGUUCGAGACAUUUAUACCCCUGUUUAGCCAAAUAAAUGAAUUAGAAUUAGCAUAUAAUACAAAUUAGCAACAGCAAAAUCUUAACUUUAGCAGCAUUUCUAUUACGAAUCGAUCAUGGAAACCCCUUGUCAAAUAAUCGUAAAAAGUAUGAACCAAUCAAUAGCCGCGAUGCAACGCAACAAUAAAAGCCAACACACUGUAAUCUUCUACACAAAUCAGAAGCUAUAUUAGUGAAUCAAACCACGUGAACAUUUUUGUAUAUUUCUCCUUUUAUUUAAUCUGUGUUCUAGUGAAAAUGCGUGAUUGCAUAAUACAGUGAUACAA